AUGGACCCCAUAGCCGUUGUCGGGUUUUCCUUCAGACUACCGCAAGGCGCUGAAGAUGAGGACACGUUCUGGGACCUCUUGGAGAAGGGGAAGAAUGUCAUGACAGAAUGGCCAGAGUCCCGGGCACAUAUCGAUGGCUUGUUAAACAAGAGCCCAGUGGUUAAGAACACGGUGUCCGCGAGAGGUGGUUAUUUUGUCCGCGAGGAUCCAGCUGUAUUCGAUGCGCCUUUUUUCUCGAUCACAACUAAAGAGGCAGCGGCCAUGGACCCACAACAACGCUGGCUCCUCGAAGCAGCCUAUCGCGCCAUGGAAAAUGCUGGUAUACCGGUAGAACAGGUUGCAGGAACGGACACUGCAGUAUUUUCCGCCACAAUGGCGGAUGAUUACGCGAAGCUUAUCUACAAAGAUCCAGACGAGGCACCAGGAACAUUCUCUACCAACAUUCAACCUGCUCUUUUAGCUAACAGGCUGAGCUGGUAUUUCGAUUUCACGGGCCCGAGUGUACAGUUGAACACAGCCUGUUCAGGAAGCACAAUUGCUCUAGACCUUGCAUGCUCCAGUCUCAAACGCGGGCAGAGUUCAAUGGCACUAGUCGCGGGAGUAAACACACUCAUCACUCCCGAAGGCUCCUUAUGCCUAGAGAACAUGAACUUUCUGUCACCAGACAGCCGAUCCUACACUUUCGACCAGCGCGCAAACGGGUAUGCCCGGGGCGAGGGAGUGAUAGUCCUCGUUCUUAAACGGCUCAGUGACGCAAUCCGACAUGGUGAUGUGAUCCGGGCCGUCAUUCGUGGCUCCGGAUCGAAUCAAGAUGGCCACACACCAGGAGUUACUCAGCCCAGUAUCUCUGCCCAGGAGCAACUGAUUCGAAACGUUUACAGGGAGGCCGAAAUCGACUUUCGAUCAACCAGAUACGUAGAAGCUCACGGGACCGGCACUCAGCUCGGGGACUUGACCGAGACUAACGCCCUGGGUCGAGUAUUUAGAACAAUCCGAUCUGCCAAAGAACCUCUAUUUGUCGUAAUUCUUGACGAUGCAUUCCAUACCUUGGAGGCCCUCGACAUCAAAGCCCUCAUUCACACACCUGCUUCAUUCUCUCUAUCAGCCCUCGACAAUACUCCAAAGAAGACGAUUGCCCAUGCCACGCCCAGUGACUCAAAUGGCGUACCAAAUGGCGUACCAAAUGGCGUACCCAAUGGACACAAUGGAGCCGAGCCUACAUCCCCAGGACGCAAGAAGCUGGACCUUCGGUUGCUCAUCUGGAGUGCUAAAGAUGAGGCUGGCCUGAAAAGGCUGUUGAAGGGCUACGCUGAGUAUUAUGAUAAGCACGCGAGCUGUCUAGAAGAUGUGAUGGGACCUCUGGCCUACACACUGUCUGCCCGGCGAAGUCUUAUGUCGUGGAGAUCUUUUGCAAUCGUGAGCAAUGCGGCCUCGGCCGGUGAUUCGACACUCUCCCCUAUCAAGCCUGUGCGCUCUUCUCAAAAUCCCGGUGGACUCGCUUUUGUUUUCACAGGCCAAGGUGCUCAGUACGCCAGAAUGGGAUUGGAAUUGCUCGUUUACCCAUCGUUCCGCGAUCUUUUGUGUCGCGCAAGCACCCUUAUCGAACAAAUGGGCGCUGAUUGGUCGGUCUUUGAUGCACUCGAAGACACACAAAGAAUACAUGAGCCACAGAUGAGUCAACCGCUCUGCACUAUUCUUCAGAUUGCCCUGGUGGAACUGUUACGUGAAUUUCACAUCGUACCGGACGCUGUUGUCGGACACUCAUCCGGAGAAAUCGCCGCAGCCUACACAAUUGGUGCACUGUCUCUAGAAUCUGCAAUCAAGAUCGCAUACCACAGGGGUAGGUUGGCGCAACAGCUGGUCUCGCCAUCUUCAAAAUCUGGGGCCAUGAUGUCAGUAAGCAUCUGUGAAGCAGACGUGGACGCGUACUUGGACAAAUUUUGCCUCAGCGGAAAAUUGUCUGUGGCUUGUGUCAACAGCCCGAUCAACGUGACUCUUUCCGGAGACGAGGCGGCCAUCGACAAGUUGCAGGUACACCUGGAUGCGGACAAAAUCUUCGUCCGUAAGCUGAACACUGGAGUGGCUUACCAUUCGCCAGCCAUGAAACAGGUCGCAGAGAUAUAUCACUCUUGCAUCAGCACAUUGGAGCCUCGGCAAACGCAGAAAAAGAAUAUCAUCAUGGUCUCAUCCGUGACUGGACUCAAGAUCUCCACAUCGGCCCUAUCUAAGGCCCAGUACUGGGUAGACAACCUGGUCUCGCCAGUGCGAUUCGCCGACGCUCUCCGAUACCUCUCUGUAGCAGCACCCCAGGUUGACGGUCUGAAGAAUCUGACCACCUACAUCGAGGUCGGACCUCAUGGGUCCCUCAAGCGGCCCAUAAGCGAUACACUGGGUGAUGUCAGGAAGGGUCAGACAUUCAGGUAUCUACCUGUCCUUUCGAAGUUCAGCUCGCCUGUUGAGUCUACUCUGGACGUGGUCGGCCAGCUCUUCUCCGCAGGCUUCUCGGUGUCGGUCACAGACGCCAACCAACAGAAUACUGACGAUCGAGAAUGGCCUUUUCUUGUCGAUACGCCUGCAUACCCUUUUGAUCAUUCGCAAUUGCACUGGUACGAGACCAGACUCAGCCGCGACUGGAGGUUUCGCGAGGCUGCUCCGAGAAGCGUUUUGGGAGUCCGCGCUACCGACUGGAACCCACUUGAGCCCCGGUGGCGGAAGAUGUUGCGCAUCUCAGAGAUGCCCUGGCUUGAGGACCACGUUAUUGGUGAAAACGCGCUGUUUCCGGCCGCAGGAAUGAUCAACAUGGCCCUUGAAGCGGUAAAGCAAACAGCUCACUCAAGUCAAGACAUCACCGGGUAUCGUAUCAGAGAAGCUAGCUUCAUGAAACCAAUCAUUGUCCGGCCUGAGGGCGACAACGAGGUCAUCACGCAGUUGAGGCCACUCAAACAGGCUUACGAUAAGGCGGUGCUUCAUUUUGAAGUUACGCUCUUCACCGUCGUCGAUGGCUACUGGACUGAAUGCUCUAAGUUCUCGGUUAAUCUUGAAUACAAAGAGGACACGAAUGAGGUUGAUGGGGGCAUGGAAGCUCAUAUCGCCGCCGAUGCGAUGGCCAAUGAGUACUCCCAGGGGCGAGAAGCGUCUAAGAAAAGAAUCAACAAGCAAGAUUUCUACAAGUGGGGCCACGAACAAGGCUUGAACUGGAGUAAUCUUUUUGCCCUUGCUGAGGACAUCCGUUGGGAUGGCGACAAGGUGGCCACGGCUCUGGUCAAUGUUGAGCCUCCUGUCGAGUCAUACGAAGGCAUUGUCCAUCCUGCUGUCCUGGAUUCAGCCUUCCAAGUAAUUUACGUGCCGGCAUCGCAUGGUGCUUCCAAAGAGAUACCCACAAUCAUCCCAUACAAGUUCCGCAACAUUUGGAUAUCAGCAACAGGGUGGCAAUACCCAGAUACGCGUCUUAUCAGGGCACUGGGAAGAUCGCAGAUCAGGCCGAAUGGCUUGGGCAUCGAGUGCACAAUCAACCUCCUCUCAGAUAACCAGCUUCCACUCUGUCAUAUCGAAGCCAUCAUGUUGCCUGUCAUGGAUCACAAGCCUGGGGACGACGGACCUGCUAGCAAGCGUCUUCUGCAUCAUAUCGAUUGGAAGCCAAGCCUUUCCUUGCUCAGCGUCGAUCAGCUUCGCAAAUAUUGCGAUGCUGGUCCCACCACCACUGACGAGAGCUCUGCGGCAGAUUUUACCCAGAAUCUCGAAGACAACUUGAAGGCAUUUAUGCGACAGAAUUUGGGACAACUUCUACCAGAUAAUUUGGCCAAAGCCGCGCCACAUAUGGAAGGCUAUGUCACUUUCAUGAAGACUCAGCUGCAGGCGCUUGCUGAAGGGGCUUCCGAUGCUAGCGACAGCGAAAUCCUGCAAGCGGAGCUAGAUAAACUGAGCGCCAGCAGGCCCUCAGCCAGCGUAUUUGUUGAGGUGGCCAAGCAUUUGCUCCCAAUUGUGCGUGGUGAAGUCGAAGUGUCUGAGCUUCUGUUGUCAUCAUCACUCGUGCAAGAUUUCUACGAAGAUUUGCUCGGGCACUUUUUCGACCGCAGACUGUUGUCGUACGUGGAUCUCGUAGCCCACCAAACCCCAGCUCUGAGGAUCAUCGAGGUCGGUGCUGGCCAGGGUGCCAUGACCAAGCUCAUAUUGUCGAUCUUUGAUCAGAUAGAGAGCAGGACUGGGGGCAUUGCGUUCCACGAAUAUGUCUACACAGACUCAUCGGAUCUGAAUCUUGAAAAGGCUCGUGGACGAUUUGGUGACCAGCAGGGUCGCAUGUCCUUCAAAACCUUCGACUUGAACCGAGAAGACCCGGCACAGUUGUUUCAGCCAGCAGGAUUUGACUUGGUCCUUGCUGGAGGUGCUCUUCAUGCCAUGAACCAUCUCCCCACCACGCUCAAGAGCCUUCGAUCACUAUUGAAGCCAGAUGGUCAUCUGAUCUUCUGUGAUGCUACUGCACCGGAUCGCUUCUCGUUGAGCUUUGGCUUGGGAGUGCUGCCGGACUGGUGGUCCAGCCAGGGAGACUCGCUAGUGCCGCGCCAAACUCUUACGGAGUCUGAGUGGGACAAUACUCUUCAGCAGAAUGAUUUCUCUGGAACUGAUCUCUUCAUUCAAGAUGAUGGAAACCCUGCUGCACAUUAUGCGAGCCUCAUCAUAUCUACUGCUUCACCUCAUCUCCAUCAAGAAGUAACGGACAAGGCUGUCAGAGUGUUACUGGUCGUGGCUGAAGGAUAUCUAAACCACGAGAAUUCGAUUCAUGCCCUCGUGGAUAAGACAAUCCGCCAUAUGGGUUAUCACAUACUCACUGUUCCCUUCGACCAGCUUCAAGACAUCCAAAUAUCCUCCACAGAUUUCGUGGUGUUUCUCGCCGACCUAGAGGGAACGUUACUGGCUGAUAUUUCCCUUUCAACAUUCAAUCUGCUCAAGAGUCUCAUAGCACGAAUGGGACAACUGGUCUGGGUGGCCUCCGAUGCUACAAGCUCCGAACCGAGGCCUGGCAUUAAGGAUGGAUUCUUACGUACGCUGCGUUCUGAGUUCAACAACAAACGCAUCGUUAGCGUUUCCUUGGAAGACUUUGAUACGGACCACUCCAGGUACGCUUCGCAGAUAUCCAAGGUCUUCUCUUCCGUUUUCGACAACGAUCCGCCGGAACUGGAAUAUGUUAUCCGAGAGGGACAAGUCUUAACAGGACGGCUUGUUGAGGAUGCCGGUCUCAAUCAUCAGCUUUUCUCGUCAAUCCACCCUGAGACUAAGAUCGCACCUUGGCUUCCGGGCCCACCUCUGAAGCUUCACGUUGGAAGCCGUGGGCGACUAGACACGCUUCAUUUUAGGGAAGAUGUGGCCUACCACAAAGACCUGGGGCCCACAGAAGUCGAAAUCGAAGCCAAGGCUUGGGCGGUGAACUUCCGCGAUGUCUUCUCAGCUCUGGGCCGUCUGGAUGACCCUGGAUUUGGAUUUGACUGCGCAGGCGUUGUGACGCGAAUUGGGUCUGGUUGCAAAUCCGUGCAACCUGGAGAUCGCGUCUGCAUGUGCCUCUGGGACUGCAUGCGAAUGUUCCCACGAAGCGACGAACAGGCAGUCGUUAAGCUACCAUCUUCAAUCUCAUACGAGGAGGCCUGCGCAGUCAUUAUUCCUGGAAUGACGGCGUGGCACUCCUUGGUCGAGUUGGCGCGAUUGGGUCAAGGAGAAAAGAUCCUGAUUCACGCCGCGGCGGGGGCCACAGGUCAACUAGCCAUCCAGAUUGCGCAGAUGGUCGGAGCCGAAGUCUUUGCCACAGUCGGUUACGAUGAUAAGAAGCAGCUCCUAAUGGACGUGUAUGGUAUUCCCGAAGAUCACAUCUUCUACAGUCGAAGCAACAACGCUACCUUUGCCAAGGGCGUCAUGAGAAUGACUAACGGCUACGGUGUGGACGUGGUCCUGAAUUCGCUCAUGGGUCAGGGUCUACGCGCCUCCUGGGAGUGUGUUGCUCCUUACGGGCGGUUCAUCGAGAUCGGCAAGGCAGAUAUCAAUGCCGAUGCGUCAUUGCCAAUGCUGGCUUUCGCGAACAACGCCAUGUUUGCUGCAGUGGACAUUCGACAUAUGAUUGUUGAACGACAGCAGAUGGCAAGCAAAUUGCUGCACAAGGUGAUGCACAUGGCUAUCGAAGGCACUAUUCACUGCCCAAAGCCGUUGCGUGUAUUCGACGUCGGCGCUGUCGAGGAUGCGUUCCGUUAUAUUCAGGGGGGCAAGAAUACCGGACGUGCAAUCAUACGAAUUGAACUCCCAUCAAGGUCUGGACCAAAAUCUGCCACUGCUGCAAAGGCUGUUGGGGAUCUUCGAGAGCAGGGCGUCACCGUCAUGACACCUAAGUGUGACGCAGCUUCAUGGGAAUCUCUGUCUUCCGCACGAGAAGAGUGGAGCAAGACGAUGCCGACAAUUCGGGGGUGUAUCAAUGCGGCGAUGGUUCUGAACGAUUCCAUCUUCGAGAACAUGUCUCAUACUCAAUGGGACCAAACAAUCCGCUCGAAAGUAAAUACUUCGUGGAACCUUCAUAAAAUGUUCACGGACUUGGACUUCAUGGUAUUUCUGUCCUCCGUAUCUGGAAUCGUCGGCAAUCCCGGACAGACCAACUACGCGGCCGGGUGCACAUUCCAGGAUUCACUGGCUCGCCACCGCACGAGCAACGGCCAAAAGACCACGUCCAUUGACCUGGGCGUCAUGCGCUCACUCGGAGUUGUUGCCGAGUCCGAGACUUUGCAGAAGCAUUUCGCCAAAGGUGCUCGAGGCCUUGGACAGAUCGAAGAGAACGAGUUCUUAGCGCUCCUCAACAUCUGCUGCGAUCCUGCUGCGAACAGCUCCACCCCCCUUCCAAGCCAAAUUGCGAUGGGGUUAGAGACGCCCUCGGACUUCUUCGCUCGUGGCCUAGAGCCGCCGGAGAUCACGCAACGACCACUUUUCGCACACUUCAGUCAGGCACCACUCGCAUCCGACGGGAAGAACGGCGGUGACUCCGGGGACGUUAACUUCUCUGCAUUGUUCCGGCAAGUGGAAACAACCGAAGAGCGGUCGAGCAUAGUCGCGCAGGCUUUGCAGAGGCAGCUAGCUCGCGCGUUGGGUAUUGACUCCGAAGACAUUGAUGUAGAUAAGCCCUUGCAUGCCUAUGGUGUUGAUUCUCUAGUAGCAGUUGAGCUUCGCAAUUCGAUAGCGAAGGAUUUCGCAGCUGAUGUGCCCGUGUUUGAGCUUGUCGGUGGUAGGACAGUGCAAGGCGUGGCUGAAUUCGUGGAGAAGUGUUCUCAGAUUGAGGUUGAGGGACGGAAAGACACCAAUGGUGUAAUUUAG